AUGAAGCCACUUUUGAUUUUUGAAUAUCUCACCAAAUGGAUGAUUCUUCAAAAAAUCUUGACCAGUACCAUUGUAUGGAUGGGAUGCUUACAAAUUACGAUGUUUGAAGGAUAUAAAUCAGUCUGGUACCAUCAUUUCAUGGGUCUGAUCUGGCUUUUUGCAGCAAUCAUACUUAUGUAUGUCGUGUAUGUGUUUGUUAGAGAAAAGUAUUUCACUGCAGAAGAAGAUGUUCCAAUCGGAUAUAAAAAAUUAUGCAAUUUCAAUCCGUUUCAACUGAAACUAGAGCACAGGCAUCCAUCUUACACCGACUAUCUGAUGACAGUUAUUGAUUUCUACUCAGAAGAAGUUAUGCCCUUGAUGGAAGUAAUCCGUAUUUAUCGAAAUCAAGAAUAUGUAUUGUUAAUGUGCGGAAUUACUAUAUUCUCUACUAUAACUUGGAUUGAAUUUGUUCGAUGGAUGAUUUACAUGUUCCUCGUCGAUUGGAGUGUUUAA